ACCGCUCUAUAAAAGCCCACGAUCCGUUCGCUCCUUCUUCGUCCGUUUCUCAUCUGGAGGAAAUUGUCGGACGAGAAGCGGAAGAAACUAGCGGAAGGAGAGGAAGAAAAGGGCGGUGAAAAUGGGGCGCAAGUUCUUUGUCGGAGGCAACUGGAAAUGCAAUGGAACAAGCGAUGAAGUCAAAAAGAUUGUUUCCACACUUAAUGCAGCUGAGGUGCCAUCCGAGGAGGUUGUGGAGGUUGUGGUGAGCCCUCCAUUUGUCUUUCUUCCCCUUGUAAAGGGCCUCCUGCGUGCUGAUUUUUCUGUUGCUGCUCAGAACUGCUGGGUUAGAAAAGGAGGUGCCUUCACUGGUGAAAUCAGUGCUGAAAUGCUUGUGAAUUUGGGAAUCCCAUGGGUUAUUGUUGGCCAUUCCGAAAGAAGACUCAUCUUGAACGAGGCAAAUGAGUUUGUUGGAGACAAAGUGGCUUAUGCUCUUUCUCAAGGCUUGAAAGUGAUUGCUUGUGUGGGAGAAACCCUUGAACAGAGAGAGUCUGGGUCCACAAUGGAGGUUGUUGCUGCACAGACCAAGGCAAUUGCAGAGAAAGUGUCAAACUGGGACCAUGUUGUAAUUGCUUAUGAGCCUGUUUGGGCAAUUGGCACUGGCAAAGUUGCAACACCUGCACAGGCACAAGAAGUGCAUUUUGAGUUGAGGAAAUGGCUGGCAGCAAAUGUUAACCCUGCAGUUGCUGAAUCCACAAGGAUUAUCUACGGUGGAUCAGUUAAUGGUGCAAACUGCAAGGAAUUGGCAUCCCAGCCUGAUGUUGAUGGCUUCCUGGUUGGCGGGGCAUCGCUGAAGCCCGAGUUUGUUGACAUCAUCAAGUCUGCAGAAACCAAUAAGGCGGCUUGAGCUAGUUUUGGGAAGUUUUCUCGGCUUUUAGCUGCUGGAUUCGUUCUUUUGUUCAAGUAUCCGACUAUUACGCCAUGGCAAAUCGGACCUACUCCUUUGUCUUUACAUGUCGGUAGAGUUUUCAGGCUAUGAGAUUAUGAAUUGGCAACUCCUACUUUUGGUACCUGCAAUAAAUAACCUUAAGUUUUGCUUCCAA